GAUAAUUUGUAUGUCUGUCUCAAAUCUAUGUAAUAAAAAUGAUACUUUCUAUCUAUAAAUGUGUAGUUUGAACUGUGAAUCAAAAGCCGUCGUGAAAUUUGAAUGAGGUAAUCCAGUAUCUGUUCUGCCACGGCGAGAUUGCGUAAACGCACUGACGUCAGCAGGGUUAUCAUGGAGGAGUACGCCCGUGAACCAUGUCCAUGGAGGAUUGUUGAUGACUGUGGGGGUGCUUUUACCAUGGGGGCUAUUGGAGGGGGAGUGUUCCAGACUGUUAAGGGAUUUCGGAAUGCUCCUGUGGGUGUACGACACAGGCUUAGAGGGAGUGCAAAUGCAGUAAGAGUCAGAGCACCACAAAUAGGAGGUAGUUUUGCUGUGUGGGGUGGAUUAUUUUCCACCAUAGAUUGUGGUCUGGUGCGUUUACGGGGUAAAGAAGACCCUUGGAACUCCAUCACCAGUGGAGCCAUGACUGGAGCUAUACUGGCUGCACGCAGUGGUCCAUUGGCAAUGGUGGGCUCUGCAAUGAUGGGGGGAAUUCUUCUGGCUCUUAUUGAGGGCUUUGGGAUACUCCUUACUAGAUACACAGCACAGCAGUUUCAGAACCCGAGUCCCUUUGUGGAGGACCCGAGUCAGCUUCCGCCCAAAGAAGGUGGUCGAGAAACCCAUGGUUUUGGACAAUAUUAGUAAAACAAUUUUGUAGUGACGACUUUGAUAUAUUAUAUUAUAGGCUCGGCUUUGAAAAAUUUAAGGUCUGUUUAGAAGUCUUGCACAGUUUACAGCACUCUUCAAAGUUGGGAAGAACUGAUCUGAAUUAUCCUGUAUAAGAGACCGCUCAGGGGCAAAUAGAAGGUAAUUUGUAGUAUUAAUAAAUUGAAAUGUGCACUUUGGUAUCCCUCCAGUAAUUUUUUUUUGUUUAUACUAGUUUUUCAACAUUGUUUUGAAAGGAAGAAAAGCAAAAAUUGAGCAAUAAUUUAAACGAGCAAUGCAUGGCUGUGCUAUAUUUUUCUAUGUAUUUCUGAUUUUUUAAUACAGUAAGUAUGUCAUUUUUGACAUAAAAAUGGGAUCUUUUACAAGCGUUAAAUUGUGACUUUUUACUUGUGUGAUACCUCAAACAUCACCUUCAGUAAUUUCCUGAAAUGUACAUAAACUAAUGUAUUUCUUUAUAUCCUUAUAUCAUUAUUAUUGACCAUGCCCAGUAAAAAGAGACACUUUUGAAAUAGACAUGGAAUAAUUGUUUGUCUACCGAAUUCAUUUUACUUUUUGUACUGAUCGGUCUCCUACACACUCUUUGUUACAAUCAUUGUGCAUUUUGAGAACGUUUGUUGAAAGCACUACAGUGAAAAGAAAGACAGUUUUGUUAAUGUAUUUCGUGCUUGAUGGGGUUUAAUAAAACUAUAAUGUAUGUUUUUAUUACUCUAAAAUGAACUGUAGUGAAACCAAAAAUAUAGCAAUUUUAAAACGGA